AUGGUGAGCAACACGCCAAUCGAAUCAAAUUACGAUCGUGAAUCCGAAUUAAAAGCUUUUGAUGAUUCAAAAUCCGGCGUCAAAGGCCUUGUCGACGCUGGAUUGACAAAAAUCCCUCGUUUUUUCCACCAUCCUCGACCCAUAAUCAACGAGCCAAAAUCAUCAACUCUUCAGACUCAGGUCGAUAUCCCAAUUAUAGACCUCAAAGAAACCAACGCUCGGGCCGAGAUUGUGGAAAAUGUUCGAUAUGCUGCUGAAAACUGGGGAUUUUUCCAGAUAAUCAAUCAUGGGAUCCCGCAGAGGGUAUUGGAUGAGAUGAUUGAUGGAGCACGAGGUUUUCAUGAGAUGGAGACGGAGGAGAAGAUCAAGUAUUACUCUCGUGAUUACCAGAAGAAGUUUUUUUAUACCAGCAAUUUUCAUCUGUUUACAGGUGAUGCAGCUAGCUGGAAUGAUACGUUUCUGUCGGUUAUGGCUCCUCAACCCCCUCAACCUGAAGAACUUCCCCCAAUUUGCAGGAACAUCAUAACGGAGUACUCUGACCAAAUCAUGAAAUUGGGGUUUACUCUUCUGGAGUUGUUAUCUGAGGCUCUUGGUCUAAAACCAGAUCACCUCAAAAGUUUGGGAUGUGGUCAAGGACUUUUUGUCUUGGGUCAUUACUACCCACCUUGUCCUGAACCAGAAUUGACAUUUGGUGCAAACUACCAUACUGAUUCUGGUUUCUUGACCAUAGUUCUACAAGAUUCAUUGGGUGGCCUUCAAGUCUUACACCAAAAGCAAUGGGUUAAUGUCUCACCGCUUCCGGGUGCUUUAGUCGUUAAUAUCGCGGAUCUUUUGCAGCUCCUCACGAACGAUAAAUUCAAAAGUGUCCAUCAUAGAGUAUUGGCACAAAAAGGAACACCGAGGAUAUCAGUGGCAGCCUUCCUGCGGCCGUUUCAUGAGGGGAUCGAGUCAAUUGUUUACAGGCCGAUCAAAGAGUUGGUAUCUGAAGAAAACCCUUGUGUAUACAAGGACGCCAGCUUGGACGAAUUUGUGAGACUUCGAAGGAAUGCUGAAGGACUAGAUGGAAAAUCUGCCCUUGCUCCUUUCAAGUUGGAUCCAUGA